UCUGUGAUCUUUCAGGCUGGACGUGUCGUGAUGACUGCAGGUAUCAGUGCAUGUGGACCACCGUGGGUCUGUACCAGGCAGAGGGCUACAGCAUACCACAGUUUCACGGAAAGUGGCCAUUUGCUCGUUUCCUGUGUUUUGAGGAGCCUGCGUCUGCGCUGGCGUCUCUGCUCAACGGUCUGGCAUGUCUGCUAAUGCUGCUGAGAUACCGCAGCGCCGUCCCUCGACAGAGCCCCAUGUUCCAUACUAUCACCGCAUUCUCACUGGUGAGACAGUGUCUGUCUGCUGUAGUACUGACAACCAUUCUUAUUCAUAACUAG